UUUGUUCAAAGUUAAAUGAACAUUCUGUGAAUAAUCUUGCUCUCUGCAGUUGUGGGUCUUUUUGACCUUUUCAUGUGUUGUCCAAUCAUAGUUAGUCUUUGGCAAAAGCCUCCCCUUCUUACUGUAUAACAACACAUUGAUAUCGCCCACCUGUAAUCUCCUCUUCUAACAUGGUUUGACUCAGUAAAGAAAUGCUGGAUAUUUCAACUUUAAUCCUGUUUGGGACUGGUUUUCUCACAGUUUUGUGUCCAGCGGUCAGUAUAGAGGUUCUGCCAGGAGAAAAUGUUUCUAUAUGGUGUGAACACAACACAUAUGGUAGUAGUGCAGACUUGUGCUGGUUCAAGCAAGCAUCUUAUGCUGUACCAAUAAAAAUGUUGUGCAUGCUAUACACGGAUAAUCUUAAAAGUUUCGAGCCACGAUAUUUUGCUAAUUUCACAAAGAAUCACAUGAUCAUGGAUCUGUACAGUAAAUCCACCUCUUUAACAAUACUGGAUGUGAAUGUUUUUGAUUCCGGUUUCUACUUUUGUGGAGCUGUGGAUUAUAUAAUGAAAUUUGGCAAUGGAACCAGACUUGAAGUGAAAGAUAAGAAUGAUAUGUCAGGAAAAAAUGACACACAAACCUUGAAAAAUGAUCAUGAUAAAUUCUCUAUGUCUGCUGAUGAUUGUUCUGGAAACAUCUUUAUAAUCCUGACAUUCAUAUUUGGUGGAUUUAUUAUUUUUACUGUCAAUAUUCUGCUCAUUUUGGUUAUUAUUAGAAAACACAGACGAGUGAAACAAAGAAAAGCUGCUGAACACCAACCACAACAGCAAGAUUAUAAGGUCAACUUUAAAGAGCAGGAACCUGAGUCAGUGGAGUAUUCUGCCUUACAUUUCUCAAGAAGAGAAAGACAAACUGAUACAAUAGAUAUGUAUGAGAUGUAUACUGUUGCCACAUGAUGUAUAACUCACUAAAAGCAAAUUUUAUAAAAUAUUUUUCAGAAAUAACACUUCAGUGUACUGAUAAUAGUACUGAUAGUCAUGUCUAUGUUUUGAUACUCUCUUUUGAUAAUUCUGAUAACAACCAUACCAUAA